GUGAUAUUUUUUUUGAACGGUUUUCUGUGUUUUUUCGUGUCUCGUAUGGAUAAAUCUUCUAACUCUGUACAGGUUCUAGGACGAUAGAUUUAAGUUUACAGAGAUGAAUAAUGAACAGAAUUUAACAGAAGAACAAAUUUCAGAGUUUAAAGAAGCUUUUUCAUUGUUUGAUAAGGAUGGUGAUGGCUCUAUUACAACGAAAGAGCUUGGAAUUGUUAUGCGAUCAUUAGGUCAGAAUCCAACUGAAGCAGAACUACAAGAUAUGGUGAAUGAGGUUGAUGCAGAUGGGAAUGGAACAAUUGAUUUUCCUGAAUUUCUGGCAAUGAUGGCACGAAAAAUGAAAGAUACGGACUCUGAAGAAGAAAUUCGAGAAGCAUUUAAGGUAUUUGAUAAAGAUGGUAACGGAAUUAUUUCUGCGGCAGAGCUGAGACAUGUCAUGACAAAUUUGGGAGAGAAGUUGACAGAUGAGGAGGUUGAUGAAAUGAUUCGAGAAGCAGAUGUAGAUGGUAAUGUUGAAUUGUUACCGUUUGAAUACGGUAUAUACCUAGAAAAGACUAACAAUACAGGUGAUGGAGUUAUUGAUUAUAGUGAAUUUGUUAAGAUGAUGUUAAGUAAAUAAUUUUGUAGAGUUGUUUUGAGUAUAAAUUGUAUAUUUAUAACUAACUAAUUGUAUUGAUGUUAUUUUUACAUGUUUUCUUUGUCUUUAUUUAUACAAAAAUCCCCUU